GAGGCCCGACACCGCCUGAGCUGUAUUUAACAAUCACUCCGAAUCACUUUUGAUAUUAAACUAUGAGGUCCCCGCUGUUUUUUGGAUUAUUGUUCUUCUGGCUGUCGGAGAGCAUAGUGGAAGGAAAGCAUCUCUGUUUCAAAGAUUGUGACCAUGGGUUCAGUAAGGCGCACCAGAAGCUCUUGCGCUCUUUGAUUUCACCCAGACACCCGCUCGUUCAGCCUGUCCAUCACCCGGCGGGAUCCUGCGAGGAUUUUGUCCGGUCUGCCUCCGAUGAUCUGAAACAUCGCUCGCUGUCCCCCUGGCGGACAAGAACUGUGGAAAACCCAGACAUGUACCCCUCAAAAUAUGAGGAAGUGCAAUGUUUGUGUGAUGGUUGCAUCAUUAACGGGCAGAUAAACAGAUCCUACAACUCUGUGCCUGUGUUCAAAACUCAUUUGUUCCUGAAGAAGCAGCCAUGCCCGUCUGACCCGGAUAAAUACUCUUUCACAUUUGAACAUGUGCAAGUGCCUGUGGCCUGUACCUGUGCAGUGCCUAAACAAUAACCCAGGACAAAUCAAGACCCAAUCUGUAGAGACCUGUCUCAUGUACCGAGUAGUGUUUGUUUUAAAAUACAAUUUUAUAAGGUACUUACAUUGUUUGAUAUGCUUACAUUCGUAAGCUUAAAGGUUGCAUGUGUCACAUGAUUUAUUUCAGUUUAUAAACCAACACUCUUU